CCGAUCUCUGUCAUCAGCACCGUCGGUGGGAAACAAGCCUCCUCCCAGAGAUUCAAGACACCGAUUCAACGGCUUCGCAUAAGGGAGAGUUUUUCUUCCAGAUCAUUCCUUAUUAGACACAGGUGGAUUUGAAACCUGCUGGCUUUUAAAGAUCACCAGAUGAGACAGCAGCAGCAGCCACCACACUCAUUGCAGGAGGCACCCGGACGUUACCUUCUGGAAGUAAUGCCCACAGAAAGCGGAAGCUGUGCAACUGCUCGCCAAGCCAAGCAGAAACGCAAGUCUCAUAGCCUCUCUAUACGAAGAACCAACAGCUCGGAACAAGAAAGGACGGGCCUGCCAAGGGAAAUGUUGGAAGGCCAGGAUUCUAAACUUCCUUCCUCAGUUCGGAAUACACUUCUGGAACUAUUUGGGCAAAUAGAAAGAGAGUUUGAAAACCUUUAUAUUGAAAACUUAGAAUUGAGAAGAGAAAUUGAAACACUCAAUGAGCGUUUAACAGCUGAAGGACAAACGAUUGAUGGGGCCGAACUAAGUAAGGGACAACUGAAAACAAAAGCCAGUCAUAGUACCAGUCAGCUUUCUCAGAAGUUAAAGACCACUUACAAAGCUUCUACUAGCAAGAUCGUUUCCAGCUUCAAAACAACAACGUCGAGGGCUAUAUGCCAGCUAGUGAAAGAGUAUGUUGGCCACAGGGAUGGAAUCUGGGAUGUCAGCGUCACCAAGACCCAGCCAGUGGUGUUGGGAACUGCAUCUGCUGAUCAUACGGCUCUCCUAUGGAGCAUAGAAACAGGAAAGUGCCUUGUGAAGUACACUGGUCAUGUUGGAUCGGUAAAUUCCAUAAAGUUUCAUCCCACAGAGCAGUUGGCUCUUACAGCAUCUGGAGACCAGACAGCUCACAUCUGGAGAUAUAUGGUACAGCUCCCCGUGCCUCAGCCAACGGCGGACACAAGCCAGCAAAUGUCUGGAGAAGAUGAAGUAGAGUUUUCAGAUAAAGAUGAGCCUGAUGGUGAUGGAGAAGGUUCCAGUGAUUGUCCUACCAUCAGAGUUCCGCUGACUUCUCUCAAAAGCCAUCAGGGAGUGGUCAUAGCAGCUGACUGGUUGGUUGGAGGGAAGCAGACGGUUACAGCCUCGUGGGAUAGAACGGCAAAUCUCUAUGAUGUUGAAACGUCUGAACUCGUUCAUUCUCUGACAGGGCAUGACCAAGAGUUAACACAUUGUUGUACACAUCCCACCCAGCGUCUUGUGGUGACAUCAUCCCGUGAUACAACCUUCCGUCUGUGGGAUUUCAGAGAUCCUUCUAUCCAUUCUGUGAAUGUCUUUCAGGGCCACACAGACACCGUUACCUCUGCUGUGUUUACUGUGGGAGAUAAUGUUGUUUCUGGCAGUGAUGACCGCACUGUAAAAGUCUGGGAUUUGAAAAAUAUGAGAUCUCCUAUAGCAACUAUUCGUACAGAUUCCGCCAUAAACAGGAUUAAUGUAUGUGUUGGCCAAAGAAUCAUUGCUCUUCCACAUGACAACCGGCAGGUCAGGUUGUUCGACAUGUCAGGAGUGCGAUUAGCCCGGCUCCCUCGCAGUAACCGACAGGGCCAUAGAAGAAUGGUGUGCUGCUCAGCUUGGAGUGAAGACCAUCCUAUAUGCAAUCUCUUUACUUGCGGGUUUGAUCGUCAAGCCAUUGGCUGGAACAUCAACAUCCCUGCGUUGUUACAAGAAAAAUAAGAUGGUUGAGGGUUUUUUUUUUUCCAUUCAUUUUACCAUGGACUUUAAACUCGGGCAGAAUUUUCUGCAUACUGAUCUGCCAUUACAGUGAGAGUCUGAUCCUAAAAAGAGUGCUUUGUAAAUGUUGUUGUUUUCAUGUUGUACACAGUUUGCAUGAAUUGUACAGAAAAUGUGUGACCAUUUUUCCCUUUUAUUUCUGUCUUGUGAAUGGCCUUUUUUAUCUUAACGUCCACUGGUCAGUAAAAAUGAAGGUCACUCUCCCCAGAGCAUGUAAAAUGCUCACCGUAAGUUAUUCAGCAUUUGCCACAUGAACAGGAGGGCAUUACAUUUUUGUGAUUUAAAUGUGAAAUCCAUAUACUUGUUGUGAAAAAAUAUAGUCUGUUGCAUUUUCCAGAAUCAUUAUACAUAUCUACCUUGUAUUAAAAAAGAUUGCAGGGCUGACCUCGAGUUGGAGCGUGACUUUCACUAGUAGUAGGACAGUAAGUAAACAUUUUGUUUGCUUCUCUGAGUUUUGCUAGACAGCGCUGCAGUGUAAAUGCAACUUCAACUCGAAUUUAAAUUCUAGUUCUGCGUAGCCAACAUGGAUCUGAGAUAAGCAACUUGUAGUGUGUAUUUAAUGUUACACCAUCCAGAAGGUUUCUGUACAUUUCCUCUUGGGAAGAGCAAGACAAUGUUUUCUGCCCUUUUUGUGUAAAAUACAUUUCAGUCUCCUAAGGUCUCACCCUAGCAAAAUUUCAAAAUAUGAUUUCUAGUCACUGCAGAUUUAAAGCACUUUAGUUUAUAGCUGUGGUUAUAAACAGCUUAUGAAAGUAGACUUUUCCAGUGAAUGUGACUUGACCUUUAUAAAAAGGACUUGCUACUUUUUAGGUGAUCAACUUGAAAAUGAACUUUUGUUUCAUUUUCCACACCUCUCAUUUGCAUCUUUCUCAAUGAGUUCCUUUCCCUGAUGGUAUCUGAGAGCCAGCAAUGCAUGUAAAUGAGUACUACCUCAAAAAUGACCACCAGUCAGAAAAUUUGGGGGCCUCAUUGUAGCCUAGUUAAAGCACUUUUGUUCUGUCACUGCAGUACUGCAUUGAAAUCAGAAGUCAAGAAGACAGGCAAGGUAAAUGUAUCUCCCAAGUUAGAUAGUUAACAGCUGGUCCAUCUAGGGCAGUUCCACAGUGAAUGGUCUUACUCCUGUGGGAGAGAGGUGUUUUUCUUCUUGGCCGUGAUUGCUGAGGCCCGAUCUGUUUCAGAACCUCUCCCGUCACUGAGUCGGUGAUGUUUUAACCCAGGGUUUGUUGGUGAUCAGAUUAUCGUGCUGAAGUCUGGGCCUAUUGCUUUUCAACCUCAUACAAGUUUUGGUAUGUUCCCGCUCCCAUUUUUGCAUCUUCAAGCUUGUGGCCAUUUUUCUGUUAUUUGUGAUUCCCCCUCGGUUAUAGGUGAUUUCGGAAGUGUGGUGGUAGCCGGCAAGGGACGAUACCACCCUAAAUGAGUCGAAGGUUCAAAGUAGUCCAGAAUACCUGGCUCUCCUGAAAUAAGGCUAUUUCUGGAGGGUAAUGAGGGAUUCCAAAGCGUUGAUCUCUUGAGACCUGCUCUGGUUAUAUAAAACCUACUCUGGUCGUAAAAAACAAAAGCUCAGUGUGUGGAGUUUUAUUCUAGAGCAGUUAGAAGUGAUUCCGAGAGGCCGACUGACCGUCUUAUGUACUGAAGCACCGAAGGCGAGAAGAGGCCCAAGAAUAAACGAGUUCAAAUGUAAAUUGCAAAAGAAUAUUUUUGUUUAUGCAGAGCCGAAGUUCUUGACGGGCGAGGCAGUGAUCUGUGAACGAAUUGCAGACGGUUGAGGUUUUGGAGCCGAGAGGUUUGGUGCGUUUUUAAAUUUGAUCAUUUUAAAUUAAUUGAAAUACAUUGUCUCUGUAGAACUAGAAUUUCAAAGUAGCCACCACAGAAGAUAAUUAAGAAUUCCAAGUGCCAGCUGCUGAUGUCUAUUCUGCAUAGGAAUGAAUCAGUGUGGCCAAUUUUUACUCUUGUAUUUCAACCCCGUGGAAGUUUGGCAUUGAAAUGUCUCAUCAGAGUUUCCUCUCCUCAUCUUCUCCCCCUCCCAUUCCUUGGAAGCCCAAUCGUACGAUCGUAAAAUUGCUCUUGAAGACGAGGCUACACGAAGAAAUAUUUUCAGUUUGGUCUUUUUAAAAUUUAAUUCUGAAACCCAGGUAUCUUGAAAUCUGUCAUGACUUGAGUGGUUUUGAAAACUACUCGAACAACAGAGUUGGUCUUAAGAAACCACUUUUCAGCCUGGCAAAGUAAGCUUGCCGAGCAUUUUUUUGGAUAUGUGUGUCCUGGAGAUCGUUGAGGUCUACACGGGUUCGUUCCCACCACUGCCACUGGUUGCCUACCUUUCUAUCUUGUACUAGAGGGACCAACUCUGACACCAAAAAUGAGUCUCUCCACUCAUUUUCCUUGGGAUGGAAAACACCCCACGGUGCUAGAGCAAAGUUCUCAGGAGCUGGCUAAUACUCGGUUAACUAUUGUAUCUUGAUUUUUAUACAUCAGCCAUUUGUGGCCGUAAGUGUAUCGAUAGCGAGUCAUAUAGGGAUUGGAUAAUGAAUUCGUUAUGGCUAAAGGAAGAGUCCUCUUUCUGGCCACUUGGGAAUAUAAUUAGAAAAUAGUGUUUGAAGAAGGAAUGGUUUUGUAGUGACUGCAAAUGUGUCCAGCAUUUCAAGUAAUGGAGGAGAAAGUUGCUGUUAAUGAAAAUAUAUAUUGGUGUAGAACUUCACAGAAGGUGCAUUGUUGGGCAAAGCAAUGGGCUCUUUUCUAAACCAGUGCACAUCAGUUUUCACAGAUUCAAAAUCUGUACAUAUUUUCUGAAGAAUCUGGUGUAGAACAUUUGUUGCCUAAAUCUGUGAAAACACAUUUCUUUUGCAAAGAAAUAUGCAUUUGUAAGUGUUAUGUGGAACCACUUGUUUUUAUUUACUUAUACUGUGCUGUUAUUUUUAGAUGUUCAGUGUCUUCAUUGCAAUAAGAAAGUGCAUUAAAGCAUCCAUGUUCCAUAAGUGCUUCUUUGGAAAUUGUAUAUUCUUUAAAGAUCUCUUAUGUGAUUGCUGGUAUAUUUGUUUACAACACUGCUGCUUUGGGGAGGCAUCCAGCUAGAUACAAGAAGUUUUGGAAAGACCAUAAGGUCAGAUUUGCUGCUGAAAUGUGGACAUUCUGAAUGAAAAUCAUCACUUCCAAUUUAAAGGAUUUUAAUUUAGUAGUAAAACAUAAAUUUCCAAUCCUUCCCAUUCUGCUGGGAUUGCUCAGAACAAUGACUAAUGUGUAGCUACCUUAGUUUGAUCUCAGAAAUUCAACCUCAAGAUUAGACUACAUGCAUUUGUUUGUGUAGAAGUUCUUGGAGAGUCAGAAAAAAAUUAGAGAAAGUGUUUUAUUUUCAAAUGACCUUGCCUGAAAUAAGUUUUCAAAAUGGAAAAGAAAAACUGGCCACCGUUUACUAAUCAGGAAUGUACAUCAAGAUGGGUGAGUGGCUGAGGUUGUAUUUUUCCUUAUUAUAUCUUUAUCCACAGGUCGUGUUUCUUGUUAUUAGAGAAACUUCUGGAAGUAGUGAUUCUCUCUAGACGUCGCUUUCUUUUAGAAACAAUAUGUUUAAUAUUAAGUCUUGAAGCCCUUAGAAGUGAGCACCCUGAGAGUUUACCUUUGAGAAGGUGGUAUGUCACCCACCUGCUCUGUAGAUAGUUUGUGACUAUUAUUCAAUUCCCAUUUUUACAUACCUUACAUAGCUAGAACAUGUUAGCAUGAAGAAUCAGUAAAGCACGGCUUCCAUGCUGUACAGUUUCAAUUUUCAUUUAAAUUCCAAGCUUUUAGUACAAUGCUCUGCACACAGUAAGCGCUCAAUAAAUAUGAUUGAUUAAUUGAUUGAUUUAAUGGACUUGAGACAUGUGUUUUCAUUUGUUCUUACUUUAAAUGUCCUACGCACAAUUUCUUCUCCAAGUUAAUUCUUUUCUGAUGAUUUUUAAAACUUUUAAAAGUUGUUUGUGGAGCAUCUUAAUUUUCCUUGUAUGCUUAAAGAGUUUAAAUUCAAUCCUGUACUUUGGGUGGAACUAGAGUUGUAUGUUUGGCCUGCCUAGGCAUGAGGUGUUGAAAAUAUGUUUUACAGGAGAUAACUUUAGUUACUUUGACUUUCUGUAUUAGUUGAACAGCUACUAAAUUCUCAUGGGAGAGAUUUGAUGGUCCAAUAGAACUUUUCACUCCAAAAUGGAGUCAAGUAGUAGAUUCAUAUUUUUUCUAGAGCCUGCCAGAAUUUACUAAUACUAAUUUACAGACAUUGUCAUUUAGCUGUUAUAAAAAAAUUAUUUUCACUGGUUCCAGUAACUUUGUCAUAUACAAAUGUUACUUUUCAUUAUGCAGUUAUGGAACAGAUAUGAUUGUAGUGAACUCCAACUGUGAUAAAAUAAUAUUGGAAAUAAAUCACCAAAAGCAACAGA